UCUAUUAAUAUUAUCUAACAAAAUGUCACAACACUGGCUUUUUUUCUGCAAGGUUUCUUGAACGUGCGCGUCAAUAAGAAAGAGUUUUCAUAUACUUACAAAAUUGUAACAUAAAAAUGUUCUUAAUGUGCUUCAACAAGUUUGAUACAAGUCAGAAAUAUUUGUAAACAUUACUGAAUCAAACUGAUUACAUUAGGUCACACCAAAAAAAAAAACUUAAAAAAAAAUUAAGUAGAAUGGUCCUUAAAAAAACAAUUGCAAAUUGCCACUUUUUACAGUGCUGGAUCAGAGUGCCGAUGCCCAUCUUGAGUCUAGAUAAUAGCUGCAGAUAUCAAAUUUAAGGGAUCAGAUCAAACUAGAUUUAGAGGUGCUUUCCAGAAAAGUUGCUGAGAUCGCAUGUGAUAGUCAAUCAUUUGUUGUUGUCAUUGGUAUGACUCAUAAAUCUAACAUAUGCCACACACUGCAACUACUCAUGACCGCUCUCUUUUCAGUUCCAUUAGUCGCUGAUAAUCCGCUGACCCUCUGUCAAUUUGGUCAAAUACAGGAAGACAGGAAGUUAAGCCUGACAGGUUUCCCGACAUGCGAAGGGAGAUCCCCGCCGGAGAUCCAGCCCGCUUCCUACCAGGCACUAGUGUGAACAAAAUGAAUAAAUUAAAAGACAGAGAAAGAGAUUAGAGAACUGCCACAAGGACAGGGUUAUUCAACAUUCGCGUAACCGCCCGACACAUUCAGUCGAGAUGGAGGUAAACAGUGCGUUGAAAGAUGAGUUUAUUGUCCAGACGUAAAAAUGCGCAAAAGACCUUCUCGAACAGCAAAACCGAAACCAAACAACCCCAAUUAUUCGGCGAUUCCAUAUUCCAGUCCAACAGCCAACGAAACCAUUUAUCUUACAACACAGAUAUAGGCUAAGUGACACCCCCCUAAAGUACAAAUAAGUGCCAAAAAGAAAAAUUGGAUAACGUUUAAACGAAAGUAGCCCUAUCACACAAGUAAAUAAACCGUCAGCAAUGCUAUUUUAUCGUUUAGCAAAUGGGAGGUAGCUACAAAGAGGAAAUCCCUCACCCUACUUCCUAAUUUGAGUGAAUGAGAGAGGGUGACUAGUUCAGAUUGAUAUAGAGACAGCAAGCAGCAUAGUCCUUUAUUGUCUUGGAAGAAUGCGUACUCAGGAAUCUUGCACAUGACAUAUUGUCAUUGCCCUACAAUUUUACUAUUCGUGUUAUUAUCAUAAUUAGAACGACAUUAACUGCACGCGUAAUGCUUGAGCAUUCGCUCACACGUUUUGUUUAGCUUUUUGUAAUUGUAGAACUUACUUACAGUAUUUUAUAAUGGGCUUUGUGCAUGAACUAUUCUUCAUGAGACAAAUAUCAGCCUGAAGACAAUGAUCCUAAAUUCUUCAGUUAGCUUUGCUAAAUCAUCCUGAACAGAGUGUAAGUAUUGAUAUUGUUUCAUGCAGGCGACAUGAGAUGAUUAUCAAAUUGGGAACCAGAGGAGUGUUUUUAGAUGUAUCAAACUGACACAAUGUUGUGAAAAGGAUUCGUCUGAAAUAGGACCUAUACACCUGAGGAUCAUGACCAUGAGCGGCAGUAAUCACACUGUUUCGCCUGUGCCGCUGGACCUUACCAACAAAACAAGAGAGCGUUGGAGCUGCGCACAGGGGGCGACGGGCGACCAAGGUCAUUGUAGACAUACCACACCACGACAGGUGGUAUCAGGCCACAGCAAUGGACAAGGACGUUCGCCUCCUGAACCACGGGACAGUUGUGGACCUUCAAUUUCGCUAUCGACUAAAAAAGGCGAUGGGAAUGUCAGUGGAAACAGGAUGCUUGAGGAUCCCAUACAAACACGACCUACCUCUCCUAACGUGAAGUCCAACAAUCUGACGGACACUGGAAGGAAAUGGACAGAUUUCUCGUUUUCUAAGCUUCCGAUAAGGAAACGUCCUUUCCCUCUUGACCAUGAGCACACUGGUCCAAGAAAUGUUAAUGUAGAACAGCAAAACAUACUCAAAGAAGAAAGACGUAGCCCGAGUCCGAAAGUGAUGAAGAACUAUGAGGCGGGAGAUUUAGACACAGAUGCAAAUAUAUUGAACGAAGCUCGUGACAGUCAAAGCUUGAAUAACUCCCAGUUCGCCCCACCAUUAACACCAUAUUUCAUAGGCUAUCAAUAUUUCCAGUGGCCUCAACAGUACACCAGUCCACGAAAAUCCAUUCUCAUGCCAAUUCCCAAUCUCUCGCCUCCUCCUGUUCCACCAGAGAGUACAGAUUGGCUGCUGGCAGAUAUCGCUGUGGCAACACGUCAAGAUGAAGAUGGUGACACGCCUCUUCACAUCGCUGUGGUUAAGGAGAAUGGUGCACUGGUCGCCUGGCUUAUUGAAAUAUAUCGGCGGGCCCACAAAGACCUAGACAUUUUCAAUAACCUAAGACAGACAUCAUUGCACUUGGCUGUAAUCACCCAUCAGCCUGGUCUGGUGGAAGCACUUUUGGAUGCAGGAGCUGAUCCUGGAGCUCUCGACCGUAAUGGGCAGACAGCAUUGCACCUGUGCUGUGAGUACGGAGAGGCCGACUGCCUCUCUGUAAUCCUCAGACACUACUCCCACAACCCCUCACCCCACCUGGAGGUCAGGAAUUAUGAAGGUCUGACUCCCCUCCACCUGGCUGUGCAGAAUGGAGAUAAAAUGUUGGCCAAAAUCGUAUUGGACAGUGGAGCUGAGAUCAACGCUGGGGAUAACAAGAGUGGCCGCAGUCCACUGAUACAUGCUGUAGAAAACAACUCUAAUGACAUGGUCAACUUACUGAUCGAGAGUGGAUGUGAUGUAAAUGCACAGUCUUACAGUGGGAAUACAGCCUUGCACAGUGCCUGUGGCAGGGGUCAGAUAGAGAUUGUCAGGAUCCUGCUGAAGAAUGGAGCUGAUAGUAGUGUAAAAAACAACCAUAAUGACACCGCCAUCAUGGUGGCAAAAAACAAAAAGGUGUCUGAUGUGCUGCGUGGGAAGGGCACCCACAGCUACGCUGUGAAAACACUGCCUAACAGUAAUGAAUCACUGUCCCCUGGUAGCUCAAAUCAAUCUCCACGGGUAACACCUACUCUUCAGCACAGCUCUUCGCUUUCUCCUGUGACUCCUGUUUCACACUCGCCCCAAAUUCAUUCAGCAGAGAGUAUUUCAGAAAGCCAAUCACAGAUGAGCAGCAGCGAAAAAAUACUUACAAGGACAUGCCAUAAUAUUACUGCUGACAAUAGGGCAAGCUACGGAAUGACACUCCAUACUUUGCCCUAUCUUCCACCAUCUGCUUAUGACCAUAUUAAGCCUUCUGCCUCUCACAUCCAGAGAAGGAUGCUAUUCCCAGGUUCUCAUGUUUACUAUGGCCCUGGUAUUCAAAGACCUCCCUAUUACUCCGAUGCACAGAUCAUCUUCUUCCCUGGGAUCCCUGUUCCGCACAUAUAUGGCUCUCCCUCACAGGGUACGGUAAACCAAUCAAGGCCAUCCAGUCGCAGCAGUGACCAAUCAGACAUGUCUACUAUGAGUGUAAACAGUGAAGAUAGAGGAGUAAGUUGAUUAUGGCCAGGUGUGUAAGCAGCUGUGACAUGGCCAACUUAAGCGGUGUUGUAUGUGGCUGGACAACAUAUUGACAGAUUUAUAGCAUUUAUGUGUAUCUAUGCAUUUUUUAAAUCUAUGUUAAUUUUGAAGUUUUGUUAAAUUGGUGACAUAAUUGUUUAAGGAUUUGUGUAAUACCAAGUGUAUUUGCUAUGUAAUUGAAUUACAAAGGGCUAUAACAUUUUUCAUAUAAUAAUAUUAAUUACUAUUUUGGUUUGGGAAGUGAUUGUAAUCUGUUUGAUCUUGAAUUGAUUUCAAUUUGACAAGCACACUGCAUUUCAAACAUUGAUGUCCUCAAAUGUGUGUUAUUGGCACAUCAUAGCCAAUAUACAUAAAGUGCAAUGCUAUAGACAUUAUUCAGAAUAUUCUUCCAUCCAUCCAUCCAUCGUCAACCGCUUAUCCUGUGUACAGGGUCGCGGGGGGCUGGAGCCUAUCCCAGCUAACAUUGGGCGAAAGGCGGGGGACACCCUGGACAGGUCGCCAGUCCACAGAAUAUUCUUAUCUGCAAAAAUUAUAAAUAAUAAGAAUAAAUUAACACUGCUGUGACAUUGUCCAUCAAAAAAAAAAAAAAAACUUUUUACAUGGUUUUGACACUUCUGUUUUUUUUAUAUGAUUGUUAAUAAUAUUUGAAUAUGUCACUGCCACUUUUAUUUUAGUGGACACAUUUGAGCACCUUUGAGUGAUGGAAGCCCUAUGUAAUUAAGUUCUGUGACAAAAUAUGGUAUAUUAAUUAGCACACACAGUUAGAAAGAAAGAAAUUUACAUUUAAGUGGUUAAAACUAUACCUACUGAGGCUUUAAUGUGAAUGACCAAAAUGGUACUUGAUGGUGAUGUUGUUGCUCAUAGUUGACAUAGUUUUAUAAAAGAAUGUAUAAAUGUUGAGUUUCUAUAUUAAUGUGUGAAUAUAAAUGCAACAGUAUAUAAUAUCCUAAUUUCCUUUUAAUUA